AGAGUGCUUGUACAUAACGUUGUUGCCAGUGGCGUCGCUGGCUAGUUUCUUUCUUUUCCUCUGUCUGCAUCCUCUUGACACAGCCAUACCAGUCUGAACUGUCCCCUUAGCGAGUCUUCGUUCCCGUUCACUCACUGCCUCAAACAACAAACAAUCGACAUCAUCUCCCAAGCUCAAAGUCGACCCGUAUAUCUGUCAUAAGCAUCCAGACAUGGAUUCUCUCCUUGUCGCUUCUCCUUACCUCCAGGACCCACUUGACUUCCAGUCUUCGUCGCCGCGGUUGAAUCAGUUCGAUACUUCCCCCAGCGACGCUCCCUACGACUCCUUUGACUACACCCAGGAGUCUUCACACUUUCCGCACACUCCCUCUUACAACGGUUCUUACCAGAACACACCCUUUUCUAACUUCUCGGACCUGCCUGUGUUCGACGGGGACACCUUAGGUCUCUAUCCAAACGAGCUCUCUGCCCCUGCCAUCCCCGACGAGUACGAUCCGUCCGAAUACGACCUUCCGUCCUCCUCGGGGAACAAUAUUCUUUCCUUUGAUAACUCGUUUAUGCCCAGCCUAGACAACAAUACUAAUCCACACGUAUCUGUGACUCCUCCCGUCUACGACAACAACUCCUCCAACGCCUUUGAUCACAGUUCUCCCGCCUCAAGCAACGGUCAAGAGGACGGUCGUCGCAGUCGUGCUUCAUCUACUUCUUCCUACAUGCAUCCCUCCUCACCUCACCUCGAUCUCCCUCAGAACCUCGCAAGCCUGCAUUUCGACUCCCCCGCCUGGCCGGCCGGUCAGUUACCGGAUCGACCCUCACCACCGCAGCAUAAGCCUCCUUCACCUCCUCAAUUAGUCAUACCCGCUAGUCCCUCGACCGCGCAUAAUUCACCACCGACAAUAAAUGCUCCAGAGGGGGAUGGCAUGGGUUCGGGUCCGCAAUUGCACAUUGUGCCUGCGACUCCGGUCAGUGGUGGGGGCGGAACGGCCGCGAACGUCCCGUUUCAGACCACGCUUGCAAAUCUGCAACAAGGAGGAUCUGGCAACGAGUGGGAUCCCUCUCGGCAGCAUCUCACCGCGCAGGCUCAAAAUCAAAGUUUGCAAUCCUCGCAGUUCACCGAUCAACGAGCGUUCCAUUUCCCUCCUGGAUCUGAUCACAACGAACAAAGUUCCUCGGGGAUGGCCUUUGCUUCAAGUGAAUCACAGAUGCACCAAGAGUUUCGUCGCCAGCACCAUUCCAUGUCUCCAAUGCCCCAGCAACAGCACUCACAGUCGCAGCAACACCACUACCUUGUUCCGCAGAUGUCACAGCGGUCGCGGAGCCUAUCUGAUACAUCCACCCGUCCGCCAGUGUGGGAUACGAUGCCGACUGGAAUGAUGCCGCCCAACGCGACAGCACCGCAUCAAGGAUCCGGCGCCGAUUUUGAUGGUAAUAUCGCCUCACAUUCCCACGACGGCGGACGAGGCGCCUCCGUGGUUGGUACAGUGAAUAUGAACGAUGUCCUCCCAGGUCCCUCCUCCACUGCCUCAAAUUCUAACCCCACCGCCACCUCCCUUCAUAGUCCUCCUUCCGCCGGCUUGCCUCGCCAUCCUUCUUCUGCUGGCCCACUACAAUCCUCCUUCGGUCAUCCUCUGCAACUUCCCCAUACUCUCCAGCAUCAUUCGUUCGGACCAGGGUCCUCCCAUCUCACUGCCACUAACUCUUCUGACUUCCUUUCCCCACACGACGCUGCGGGUGCAACGCUACUGAGACGUUCCAAGUCAGACUCUCAACAACGCGGUCAUCGACUAUCUCGUUCUGAAGACUUUGGAGGUGUUAACUCUAACAACUUCCUUCGUGCCGACAACGCUAUGCUUUAUCCUCCAAUUUCAGUCUCUUCACGACAAUACCUCCAUCCGACUGAGAGUGUGCCUUCAAUAGCCUCUCGUGGUCACCAUCGACGUUCAAGCUCAGGCUCGAGAGAGCGAGGAUUGGUCGGUGGAUGGAGUAGUAACGCUUCCAGCGCACGUCCUUCGCCUUACCCUUCACCUUCUGCAUCACCUCGUCCAGGGUACCAUCCUCUACCAGAGAUGGUACCCAGCAUUACUGGUCCCAGUGCUCGACGACACAUGACUGGAAUGUCUCUGGACAUGGGUAUGAAUCUACACAACAUGAACCAAGGUUAUGGCGGCGGUAUGGGUGGCGUUGGGGGUAUGAAUGGCAUGAAUUCAUUCGGUAUGCCAGGUGGGCAUGUACCGGGGAUGAGCGGGGUGGGAGGAAUGAGCGUACCUGUGAGUACGGGUGAUGCUGUGGUUCCGAUGAUCGUCAACAAGGCGAACGUGACCACCCCGAGUACUGCGGAUGCGAGCAAAAGGCGGAGGAAACAACCUGCGAACUUUGCCUGUCCGGUUCCGGGGUGUGGGAGUACGUUUACCAGACAUUUCAAUCUCAAGGGACAUCUACGUUCACAUGCGGAAGAGAAACCGUACCAAUGCAAGUGGCCUGGAUGCGGGAAGGGCUUUGCGAGACAACACGACUGUAAACGGCACGAACAGCUUCAUCUCAAUAUCCGACCGUACCCUUGUGAAGGGUGUAAGAAGAACUUCGCUAGGAUGGACGCAUUGAACAGGCACUGUGCGUACGCUUUCGUCUCUCCUCUUGCACACAGGCUCACAUGUGUUCCCUAUUGUUUACAGUACGAUCCGAGGGCGGUGCCGAAUGCAGGAAGAUUCAGGAAGAGAUGACGACGUCGUCUGGCACUGAAAGUGCGACCGACGCUUCCGCAGCACCUGGCGCUUCCGCAACUUCGAACGGUCAGAACGGCGAUACAGCGUCGAAUGCGACGAUGAAGCCUGACCCGGAUGGCAACUGGGCUGCGAUGAACGGCGCCAUUGUCAUGUAGUAGGCUUGCUGACUGCGUUGAUCAUCCUCGUCGAAUCCGCUGUUCCUUGCAUGCCUCAAUUACGACGACCACGCUGACCUCGCCUCAUCUCAGUCACCCUCCACCCUCACGCUCAUCACGUUCAUCGUUACGACCGUGCUUUCAUCAUUGUCAGCCACGUCACCGCCGACGCUCUCCCUCCCAUCGCCCACCGCCCACGUCUCAUCGUCAUCAGUCAAUCACCCCAUCAUCAAUGCAUCACGUUUCAUGACCCUCAUUGACCAUUUCCUCAAUCUAGUGUUUCAAGUGCUCGCUUUUUCCAUCAUCGAAAUGAACCUUGUCGGAAGCUCCGUAUCUCUCUCUCGGUCCUUGAUGUCCCUUGGAUUUUUAUUCUAUGGCGGAUCGCUGGUCUGUGUGUAUGACCGGGUCAUACCCAAACCUUCCCCACGGAUUUUCUCUCCCUUCUCUUUUCAUCUCUUCUUCUAGCUCCGUUACUGUUACGGGUUGUUAUUCGACUUUGCUUGUUUUGACUUCGUCUGUUAUAUUAUCGUAUCCUUUUUGAUACUAUGGACGCUGCCCUCGUUCAGCGGGUUCUCGGUCUUUUUGGUCUGGUUCUUGUGUGACAGACAUACAAUAUACACUACCCGUCCCUUACUACCCUAUCCAUACAGUCGAUGAUGAUAUGAUUGAUUUGUCAAUGUCUCUCCGUGCGCGGCUUUCUUCCUUUCCCCCGUAUCUUUCUCACUCUUGUCUCUCUUUUACAUGCUUGUUCGCUCUCGCAGUUAUUACUAUGUUGUCUUUCUUCUACGUAUCACAUAGUCUCCAGGUUUCUUUUGUCCAAGUAACUAACUAUCUGUAGAUCUACUAUCUGUCUCUGCUUCAUAUUGACAAUGGAUGCCUUUCCGUAAGAUUUAGAGGGAUAUCUAGAUACUAAGCGGACCUUGAAUGGGCCCACUGCCUUGGGUUUACAGG